AUGGGCUCCCCCGAUUUCGCAGCAGCUUCUGCGCCUCGCCAUUCUUCUCAUGAUGAUGAUGGGAAGACAGCAUAUGCUGCCCCCGUUCCAUAUCAAAAUGAAGAUCUUGACAUCGAUGAAGCGUCCAGGAAGAAUUUGGAAAGGAGAUUGGUGAGGAAGGUGGACUGGAGAUUGUGUACGAUCGCUGGAAUAUUGUGUAGUUUGAAUUUGAUGGAUUCGGGAAUCAUUAGUUCGGCCAGUGUCGCAGAUGAUUUCUUUACGGAUUUGGGUUUGGGAGUGGGGAACAGAUAUUCUGUAUCAAUCUUGGUGUACACGGUGGCAAGUGUAACAUUUCAGUUGCCAGCUACGCUGUGUGUGAGGAUGUGUGGACCAAGAUUUGUAUUCUCGUUGAUUACGAUUGGGUUUGGUAUUAUAACAUUGUGUACGGCUUUCAUCAAUACCUGGCAACAGAUGGUAGCCCUUCGUCUACUCCUGGGAAUUGCUCAAUCUGCUAUCUUUCCCGGAUUGAGCUACCUUAUUUCAACUUGGUAUACUAGAAAAGAACAACAGCUUCGUUUCGCUUUUUUGCAGACGGGCGAAGUUAUUGUUGUUGGUCUGGGAAUUUUCCUCAACUAUGGUGUGAACCAUUUGAAUGGUAAAGGGAGCUUGGCCGGUUGGAGGUGGAUGUUUCUAGUGCAAGGCUUGCUUGCUAUAGUUGUGGGAUGCGCAACCUAUUUCUGGAUGGUGGAUUUCCCAGAAAAUGCCCAUAAAAGUUUCCGUUUCUUGUCGGCCGAAGAGCAAAAUCUGGCACUGACAAGAAUUUCUGAUGACAGAGGCGACGUGAAGGCCGAGGAAUUUUCAUUGAGAAAAUGUAUUAUCCAUUUUCUAGAUCCAAAGAUCUACGGUUUCUGUGCUUUGCUUUUUUGCUUGAACUUGGUAUCGACAAGCAUGUCUUACUUUUUACCCAUCAUUCUGAAAACUGGAAUGGGAUUUUCUGAGGAUAGUUCGAUCAUGUUAUCAGCACCACCAUAUUUCUAUGCUGUGAUUCCCGUCAUUAUUUCCUCAAUAGUUGGUGAUCGCUAUCAACUUCGAGGCUUGGUCAUAAUCUUCAAUUCCAUCUGUACGGUUGUGGGUUUUUGCAUGUUGGGAUUCGCUAGUCAAGACACAGCUCGAUAUAUUGGAACAUAUUUAGCGACAGGAGGUUAUGUAUCAAACUGGGCAGCAAUGAAUGCAUACCAAUCAUCCAAUAUUGUCGGACAGUGGAAAAGAGCAACCUUUGCGGCUGCCGGAACUGCCUGUAAUGGGCUUGGAGGAAUUGCCGGUGCAUUCAUCAUCAGGUAUAAUGAGGCACCUCGAUAUCUGACAGCAAUUUGGGUCAGUAUUGGCUCUCAAAUAUUCAUUAUUGCCAUUGUGGGCAUUUUCUCGAUAUAUUUUUGGUAUGCCAACGGCCGACAGAGAAAGGGGAUGGUCCUACUAGAGAGGACUAUGAACUUCAGGUAUACUUAUUAG